CCGCUUGAGUAUCUGUCCACAGUCAUGUUAAGAUUAAUAUUGUAAGAAUGAGGAGCUUUGCGUUUGUUUUGUUAUUGGUCGCAGUUGCUUUGUCAGAGAUGCAGCCUGAAAGCAGGUCCUAUGCAAUGUCAGGCAUAAUACCAGUGCCCUGUAAUUUCAACCAGUGUAUGGCCACCUGCAGGAGGAACGGUUUCAGCGGCGGCUACUGUAACUUGUUGGGAUGCCAAUGUAUUAGAUGAAGAUUUAUUGAAUGUACCUACUGUAUUCUUAUCAAAGUUCAUUACUUAAGAAAUAACAUUUUGUUGUAUAUAUGUAUAGGAUAAUUUUGCAUACUAGAUUGUGUUAUUUAAAAUUAUAAAAUACAUUAAACCAUAGACAAUCCAUCUA